AUGGACAAUGCUACAAGCAAUGAUGUUGCAAUUAGAGUCGUCAGGGAAAAUUUCCAAGUUACAAGGGAGCUCAUUUAUGCGGGGAAAUUGUUUCAUGUCUGUCUAAUCAAAAUUAUGUUGGAUAAAAAGAGUGAAGAUGAAGAUGAUUUUAUUAGAAACAUAGUUAGGAAAAUGAAAGAGAAGUUUAAUAAAUAUCGGGGAGAAUGUAAUCUGUUGAUGGUUGUGGCUGCUGUAUUGGAUCCUAGGUUGAAAAUGAAGGUGAUUCAGUGGUCAUUCCCUAAGAUGUAUCCUCACCAUGAAGCAUGGGCAAAUACUGUAAUUGUUUGGGAUGCAUUGUAUGAAGUUUAUGGGGAGUAUGUUAAUUCUAGUAAAGCAUCAACUGUUGCCCGCGCUUCUACAUCAGUAGGGGAUGGACUUCAGGUUGUUGGUGAGGGGGCAACGGUAGACAGGGCAGAGGGUUUGGAUGAUUUUACAAAUUUUAUGGAUGUGGUUGAGACUUUUGAGCCUAGUAAAUAUGAGUUAGAUUUUUAUUUGGGAAAGGGAUGCCAUAAGUGUGUGGAGGAUCUUGAUGCGUUUGAUGCUUUACAGUGGUGGAAGGCAAAUUCAACGAAGUACCCUAUUUUGUCUACGAUGGCUCAUGAGAUAUUGGCCAUCCUUAUCACUACAGUUGCUUCUGAGUCUGCUUUCAGUGCCAGAAGUAGGGUAGUUGAUACUUAUCGAUCUUUGUUGUCUCUCGACACGGUGGAAAUGCUACAAAGUAGGUUCUAUUGA